AUGCCAUCCACCGGGGAGAAGGGCCAAACAACGAACGAGCCAGUGCGGCAAGAGACUCCUCCCGCGUCAACAGUAGUAGAACUAUCAGUACAAAGAGAACAAGAACUAGAACGGGAUGAGGCACCAUCACAACUUAACAGAGACCUUGUUCCCCGAAAGAAGAAGACAUGGCGAUUCUGGGCUGUAUUUCCAGCGCUAUGUGUGACGACAUUUCUUUCAGCCCUCGACACGUCCAUUCUAUCAACUGCCCUUCCGACAAUUGCGCUUGACAUUGACGCUGGCGAGCUCUACAUGUGGAUUACUAACUCCUAUAUCCUUUCAUCCACGGUGGUUCUGCCGCUGUUCGGACAGACGGCAAACAUUUUUGGUCGGCGGUGGAUGAUGAUCAUCUCGGUUAUCAUCUUCGCUGUUGGGAGCGCAAUGGCCGGGGCCGCAAACAACGCAGGUCUCAUCAUCGCCGGACGCACAAUCCAAGGCGUUGGCGGCGGCGGUAUCAACACGCUUGUGGAUAUUGUCAUCUGCGACAUGGUAGCUCUCCGCCAGCGAGGCAAGUAUGUAGCGCUCAUGGCCGCUGUUUGGGCGGUGGGGACGGUGGUCGGCCCAGUGCUGGGCGGCGCGUUCGCGGAGUAUGUUUCGUGGCGCUGGGUGUUCUACAUCAACCUACCACUCUGCGCUGCUUCUUUGCUGCUGUUGGUCUUAUUCCUACGCGUCGAACACCCUCAUGGUAGUGGUAGUACGUGGCAGCAGCUGAAGCGCGUAGACCUCGUCGGGAAUACAAUACUCACUGCCGCCGUCGUCUCUAUCCUGCUUGCGCUCACUUGGGCCGGAACUUCUUACCCCUGGUCCUCAUGGAAGAUUGUCCUGCCUCUUUUGAUUGGGGUCGCCGGACUCUUUCUUUUCUACGCCCAUCAGACCUCGAGAUUCUGUAGCGAACCCUCGAUUCCAAUUCGGAUGUUUUCAAGCGCAACCGCCAUCUGCUCACUUUGGAUAGCUUUCAUACAGUCGGUGUUGCUGUACUGGGUUGGAUAUUUCCUGCCCGUUUACUUCCAGGCCAUCCGUGGGGCCACUGCAACUGAAUCCGGGGUAUUCGUGCUUCCCAUCACCGCUGCCAUUGCGCCCUUUGGCAUAGUUACUGGCAUACUGAUUGCCGUCACGGGGAAAUACCGCUUAUUCCACUUUCUGGGGUACAUUAUGCUCACCGCUUCCAGUGGACUGUUCUCCCUACUGGAAGACCAGUCACCUGCCCGCAACUGGGCGGGCUUUCAGGUGCUGUUCGGCGCCGGAUCCGGAAUGAUCUUUUCCAGCACCCUACCUCCAAUCCAAGCUACGCUACCUGAGUCCGACGUUGCCACUGCCACAUCUACAUGGGCUUUCAUGCGUAGCUUUGGCUGCUUAUGGGGCAUUGCUAUUCCCACUACCAUCUUCAAUGCGCGGAUCCAAAAGUUGUUGUAUCGCGUCAGCGACGCGCCGUUGCGCGAACAGCUCGCUGGCGGCGGCGCGUAUGCCAUGGCAAGCGAAGGAUUGAUGCGCACUCUGAAAACCACCCCAAAUUUGAUGGUUGAAGUACUCAGUGUUUACCAAGACAGUCUGCGAUGGGUCUGGUGGAUCGCAAUCCCGUUUGGCGGCAUCGGACUAAUUCUUUGUAUACCGAUCAAACAGCUUGUACUGAGCGAGGAACUGCAUACUGAGUUUGGGUUAGAGGCACGGAAAGCAGUAGGGAAGGAUAGGAAGCUCGGCGAUGCAUUUAUGUCUUUAGAUUAUUGCAAGCAAAACCAAUGCAGGGGCCAAUGGCAACAUACGCAGUGGUCAUGCCUCUUGUAA